AUGAUAAACAAAAUAAGCUUUAAAGAAUUGAAAACAAAGAAGAAAAGAGUAGAAAAUAAUGAUUCAAUGCUAGUUAAAGCAAUAACUAAUAAAGAUGAGAGUUAUAUAAGUAAUUUUAUAAAAAACAGAAAUGAUGAAGAAUUAAGUUUACUAGCAAAUAAACAAAUCAGUGAUAUGAUUGAGAUAUUAAUGGAAUUAUUAGACACAUCAGAUAGAUUAGAUGCCAUAAAGACCAUUUACAGUUUAUUAGGAAGAGAUGUAACAGUUGUUUCAAAAAAGUUAGUUGAAUGUACAGAAGAUUUUAAUAAAUUAGUCUUUUUGAAAAGCAAAAUAGACUACUUAAAGUAUAAAAAGAAUAAAGUAUAA